AUGUCUUCCCCCCCAAAAAAAGAGAAUAGUGAAGUAAAAAUAACUACGGGAGACUAUGCCUCUUCUGGCAUGAAAAUGCUUGGUAUUGUUGGUGAAGCCACCCAAAAUUUCUUACCUCUUAUUUCUUCAGCUUUCAUUGUAAUUAACGAAGUCAAUCAGAUUUAUGAUAAUGCAAAAUAUAAUACAAAUAUUUGUGAUUCACUUAUGCAUCGUGUAUAUGCUGCGGAAGCCAAUAUUAAAACUUUGAAAAGAAGAAGUAACAAAAGAUCUACAAACAAAGACAACUAUAAAACAUUCUUAAGAUUUAUUACUGUUUUGGAAAAUAUCAGAGAUUUUAUAAAAAAUGUUUCUUCUCUUCAGGGUUAUAAAAGAAUUUUUACUUCGACGAAUAUAAAAGAAAAGUUUGAGAAACUUAUUAGUGAUUUUGAAAGCUCAAUGAAUGAUUUACAUUUCACUUUGUCUAUAAAUAAUGAAGAACAACGUAAAAUUGAUCAAGAAGGCCUUGAAGAUGAUAUUGUGAAUAUGCAAAAGUUUUUGGAAAAAAUAGAGGGAAAUAUUCUUGAUCAAAAUAAUGCUAUUAACACAGUACUUCAUGAAGUAAAGAUUCUCAAAGAUCGAUUAGAUGAUCCUAAAGGCAAUCCUGAUAGAAAUAUAAGGGCAAAUGAAAUAAAUGCUACAGAAUUAAGUGAUCCUCCACAUGGAAAAUCAGAUGAUAUUAGAGGCACAAAAGAACCUCAUGUUGUCAAGAGAAUUUAUAAAACGAAUGAAGUCGCUUGUAAAUUUAAAGAAAUUCCUGAUAAUGCAGAUGAACCUUUAAGAAUCCGAACUCAACUCGCUAUAUUAGGGAAAUUGAGAGAUUCGCCUUAUAUUGUUAAUUUUUUUGGUUUAUCAAAAAUUGAAGGAAAGCGAGUUAUGGUUUUUGAGUGGGCAGAGUUUGGUACUCUUAGAGAAUUAUAUCAAUCUAAGGAUAUUGCAUGGUGCGCAAAAGUUCAAUUGGCUCUUGACAUUUGUCGCGACGUGACAUGUAAAAUGAAUAAUACGAUGGAAAUUAUGAGAUGGAUGGCUCCCGAAAAAAUGAAGCAGACUGAAAAAAAACAAGUUCGCUAUACUUUCAAAUGUGAAAUUUUCAGUUUUGGAAUGUUAUUAUGGGAACUUGCAUUUGAAAAACUUCCUUAUGAAAAGAUGGAAGCGGAUCAAAUAAAAGAAUAUGUUAUGAAAGGUGGAAGAGAAAGGAUUUGUUGGGGAGAAGAAACUCCUUCGAAUCAAAAAAUUCAAAAAGGUCUUGAAAAUGUUAUUAAAGCUGAAUCACAACUUCGAUCACCCUUACAAAUUAUUUUUCUAAAACUGUGUAAACUCGCACAUAAAUAUACUACUCUUGAAAAACAAUUACUCUUUCCUGAUGGAACUUUAAAUCUAGAUGGAUCCAAGAAUAAACUAUUUACACCUGAAGAAGAUAUCAUUUCAGAAACGGAUAUUCGUAAUAUGACUUUUGAAGCAGGUUUGAAAGCACAUAAGAAAGAAGAUAAGAAGCAUGCAUGGGAAUGUUUUGUGGUUAAUUCAGAAUUAGGUAAAACAACUGCAAAAUAUUGGCAAGGAUAUUAUUUGAAUAAAGGAUAUGCUGGAGUAAAAGAUUCCGGGAAAGCAAGUCAAUUAGUAAAAGAAGCAGCAGAUGAUGGCGAUAGUGAAGCACAAUUAUAUUAUGCAUUUACAUUUGCUAAUCCGGAAUCUUUCAUGGAAUACUUGACUAAAUCUGCUGAUGGUGGAAAUACUGUAGCCCAACAUAAUUUGGGUAUCAUGUAUUUGAAUGGUAAAUUUCAAUCAGUUGAUGAAGGGUUAGGUUUGAAAUACUUAAGAUUAGCAGCUCUUAAUCAACAUGAAGAAUCUCGUGAAAUACUUAAGGAACGAGGAAUAGAUAUUUAUAAAUGA